CCGGCUCUCAUGGGACUCGGGCACUCGUCGCGUUGCUUGCUGCUGCGGCGGAAGAUGGCGGAGGCGGACAGCUCGGAGCGGCAACAGCCGGUCAUGUCACCCCUCUCCCAGUCUGCCCAGCCCUCCCUGCUGCCCAAACCAGUGCCUACGAGCCACCACGUGCCCUGCGUCCCUCACGCGCCUCAUGUAGCAGCGCUGACCACCUGUCCUGGACGAGGCAAGAUUGCCAAAUUUGUCAGCCCGGAGGAAAUGACGUCAAGGGACUACUACUUUGACUCUUAUGCCCACUUUGGCAUCCAUGAGGAGAUGCUGAAAGAUGAGGUGCGGACACUGACAUAUCGGAAUGCCAUGUACCACAACAAGCAUGUGUUUAAGGAUAAAAUCGUCCUUGACGUUGGCAGUGGCACGGGGAUCCUCUCCAUGUUUGCUGCCAAUGCUGGUGCCAAACAUGUGUAUGGGAUUGAAUGCUCAAGUAUAUCUGAAUAUUCCGAGAAGAUAAUUAAGUCCAAUCACCUACACAAUGUCAUUACCAUCUUCAAGGGCAAGGUGGAGGAGGUGGAGCUCCCCGUGGAGAAAGUGGACAUCAUCAUCUCGGAGUGGAUGGGUUACUGUCUCUUCUACGAGUCCAUGCUCAAUACGGUCAUCUUCGCCAGGGACAAAUGGCUGAAACCUGGAGGUUUGAUGUUCCCUGACAGAGCAGCUCUGUACGUGGUCGCCAUUGAAGACAGGCAGUAUAAGGACUUUAAGAUUCACUGGUGGGAAAAUGUUUACGGGUUUGACAUGAGCUGCAUUCGCAACGUGGCCAUCAAAGAGCCUCUGGUGGACGUGGUUGAUCCCAAGCAGGUGUUGACGAACGCCUGCCUCAUAAAGGAGGUGGAUAUCUACACUGUGAAGCCAGAAGACCUGUCCUUUACCUCAGCCUUCUGUCUGCAGAUCCAGCGGAACGAUUACGUCCACGCACUGGUCACAUAUUUCAACAUAGAGUUCACCAAAUGUCACAAGAAGACUGGUUUUUCCACAGCUCCAGAUGUUCCAAGCACACACUGGAAGCAGACUGUGUUUUACUUAGAAGACUACCUAACUGUCAAGAAGGGGGAAGAGAUCUUUGGGAGCAUCGCUGUUAGACCCAAUGAGAAGAACGUGCGUGACCUGGAGUUCACCCUGGAGCUAGACUUUAAAGGACAACUAUGUGAAGCUGCCAUUUCCCACGACUACAAAAUGCGUUAG